UGAUUAUCAAGAAGAAGACCCGUAGAAGAAGACAUUUUCCACGGGUGAAGAGUAGCACGUGGGUACUCUUCUGCUGCGUUCGUUGAGGACAAACGAGUGAACUCCGCACGCUGCGUUGGUCUGAGUAGUUUACGCCAGAGAACAUGAAGCCAGGUUUUAGUCCUCGCAUGGACAGAGGAGGAAGAGGUGGAGGACGCGGUGGUGGCAGAGGAGGGUUUGGUGACCGUGGAGGGUUUGGUGACCGUGGAGGGUUUGGUGACCGUGGAGGACGAGGAGGGUUUCGGGGAGGAAGAGGUGGAGGAUUCAAGUCCCCAGAGGGUGGAGGAUUUCGGGGCCGGGGCGGUGGCAGAGGCACCCCAAGAGGGAGAGGGGGGAGAGGAGGGAGGGGUGGCCGAGGUGGCUUCGGAGGCGGGAAGAAGGUCCUGAUUGAGCCUCACAGACAUGAAGGAGUGUUCAUCUGCAGAGGGAAGGAGGAUGCCCUGGUAACAAAGAACAUGGUGGUGGGAGAGUCUGUGUACGGAGAGAAGAGGAUCAGUGUGGAGGAAGGAGAGACUAAGAUUGAAUACCGAGCCUGGAAUCCCUUCCGCUCUAAACUGGCAGCAGCCAUCCUGGGGGGAAUAGACCAGAUUCAUAUCAAGCCUGGAGCCAAGGUCAUGUACCUGGGAGCUGCCUCCGGCACCACAGUGUCCCAUGUUUCUGACAUUGUUGGACCGGAAGGGCUGGUCUACGCUGUAGAGUUCUCCCACCGAUCAGGUCGUGACCUUCUCAACGUAGCAAAGAAACGAACCAACAUCAUUCCAAUCAUCGAAGACGCUCGGCACCCUCACAAAUACAGAAUGCUUGUUGGGAUGGUGGAUGUGAUUUUUGCUGAUGUUGCCCAACCUGACCAGACGAGGAUUGUUGCUUUGAACGCUCACAACUUCCUGAAGAACGGCGGCCACUUUGUUAUCUCUAUCAAGGCUAACUGUAUAGACUCGACAGCAGCUCCAGAGGCAGUGUUUGCCUCCGAAGUGAAGAAGAUGAGUGCAGAGAACAUGAAACCACAGGAGCAGCUCACACUGGAGCCCUAUGAGCGAGACCACGCUGUGGUGGUGGGCAUUUACAGACCUCCACCCAAACAGAAGAAAUGACGAGUGAAAGAAGGCCGAGGCCAACGAGGAACAUUUGUAACACCGUCUGCUUUAUGUUGCCCUCCUUCCCACUUCACCUACCUGCCUGCAGCUUCCUCCAUGGACUGAUCGCAUCACCAGGAUUCAAGCUAACGUUUAGCUGGGGUUCCUCCUCCUGAGUCCUUCAACAGCUGACUGACAUCCACCUCCUCUGCUGGUUCCUUUUAGAGCUCAUAAGGCUGAGAACACAUUACAUGAUAUCUGGAUACAGUUUGGCCAUAGCUUGUCAACUUUUUAAAUUUUUUUGGAAUCUGUAAAAAGGUGUUAACUGCUUUCUGACGCAGUCAUACUUCAUCUUUGUUGUGCAGUGAUACACAAGGUAGCAGAGGUCCUGUGUACUUUGACCCUGCUGCCCAAACAUGACCCUUCCAGCAGCUUUAUCUUAAGGACUCUUCUGUGGUCUGACCCCUGUUUGGACUGCAGUGAGCUUUAUCUGCUCCAUGCCAUCAUGUUUUUGGCUUUUCUCUCCUGAUUGUUUUUUUUACUGAAUUCUUCUUUUAGUAGUCUGACUGUGGGCCCAUGCAGCCACACUGCUGGUAUUUUCAAAUAGUAAUCAGCUUGUCAGAACAUAAAUGCCAUAUUUGAAGUGAAUAUUUUGCCUGUGACCCACUGUGUAAGGAAGGAAGCCUGGUCUGCUGGUGGGAUGCUAACCUGUGUGCACAGACCCGUGCUGUUUUCCACCCUGACCUCUAAUUUGAUCCAAGUAUAACUUUGUUGUAAACAGUUUAUGCUUGAACCAGUUGAUGUAUUUUCUCACGACUGGCAGAUUUAAUAAAAGACUUGUUUUUGCUCCUGUU